AUGAGGAAAUCGUCGGGGGAACCCAAGGUAACUGAAAAAAAUCGUCGAGGGAACCCCCCUAACUGGGAAAACGUCGAAGAACCCAAGGGGAACAGGAAAAACGUCCCAGGAACCCAAGGAACCGAGGAAAACGUCGGGGGAACCCCAAAGGGAACUGAGGAAAAAGGCGAGAACCCAAGGGGACUGAGGGAAAACCCUCAAGAACCAAGGAAAACAGGAAAUCGUCGAGGAACCCCCAAAGGGAAAACGUCGAGGAACCAAAAGGGGACUGAGGAAAUCGUCGGGGGAACCCAAGGGAACGAGGAAAUCGUCGGGAACCCAAAAGGGAAUGAGGAAAUCGUUGAGGAACCCAAGGUAACUGAGAAAUUGUCGAGGAACCCCCAAAGGGAACUCAGAAAAUCGAACCCAAAAUUUUAUGGGAAAUCGUCGAGGAAACCCCAAGGGUUUAAUGGGAAAAGCGAGAACCCCAAAAGGGAAAAGAGGGAAAACUCGAGGAACCAAAAGGGAAAACGAGGAAAUCGUCGGGAAAACCCCAAGGGGACAAAAGGGAAAACGUUUGAGGAACCCCGGGGACAGAGGAAAAAGGGGAGGGAACCCCAAGGGAACGGGAAAACGUCGAGGAACCCCCAAGGAAAUGAGGAAAUCUCGAGGAACCCCAAAGGGAAAAGAGGAAAUCGUGAGGAAACCCCAAAGGAAAUGAGGAAAACCCUCGAAGGGAAACCCCAAAGGGAACCGAGGGAAAAAGUCGAGGAACCCAAGGGAACCGGAAAUCGAAACCGGGAAAUCCCCUCGAGGAAAACCCAAGGGGGACUGAGGGAAAACGUCGAAGAACCCAAAGUAAACCUGGAAAGGGAAAACGUCGAGGAACCAAAGGACCCAGGAAAUCGUCCAGGAACCCAGGGGAUUGAGGAAAUCUCGAGGAACCCAAGGGGAAGGGGGAAAACGUCGAGGAACCCCAAGGAACCCAAGGGGACCGAGGAAAUGUCGAAGAACCAAGAGGUUGACCGAGGAAUCGUCAAGGAAAUCGUCGAGGAACCAAUGGUGACUGAGGAAAUCGUCGAGGAACACAAGGUGAUACGAGGAAAAUCGUCCGAGGAACAAAGAAGAGAAAAUGAGACCUUUUAUCAAGGCCCAAUAGGCUUCCCGGAGAUCCUCGUGUCCUUGUGGCUUUCUAAUCCCAUAAACACGAACAGAACAAAUAUAAACAUCGCAAAAUCACAAGAGACUAUCAGUUACCUCGAACUCAUGAACACAGAAGUUACAACUACUGAAUUCUGA